CACCAAAAUCCUGAACCCUAAUUUUCACACAAGCAGGGAAGCACCGCAUCCAGAGAGAAGAACCCUAGGAAGAUGACGACCAGGUUCAAGAAGAACAGGAAGAAGAGAGGCCACGUCAGUGCCGGUCACGGUCGUAUCGGAAAGCACCGAAAGCAUCCCGGAGGUCGCGGUAACGCUGGAGGCAUGCACCACCACCGGAUCCUGUUCGACAAGUACCAUCCAGGUUACUUCGGUAAGGUCGGUAUGCGUUACUUUCACAAGCUUCGUAACAAAUUCUAUGCCCCCAUUGUGAACAUCGACAGGCUCGCUUCGUUGAUUCCUCAAGAGGUAAAGGAUAAGGCGAUUAAGGAGAAGAAAGCACCUGUUAUUGAUGUUACUCAGCAUGGGUACUUUAAGCUUUUGGGGAAAGGAGUUUUGCCUCAGAAUCAGCCUUUUGUGGUGAAGACUAAGCUCAUUUCGAAGAUUGCUGAGAAGAAGAUUAAGGAGGCUGGUGGAGCCGUUGUUCUUACUGCUUAGUUUUUUUUUAAUUUGGAAUUGUUUUGGAACAAAUUAGGGUUUUUAUUGCCCUAUUUUAAUUUUUGUUGGUUUUGUUGUUGAUUUAGAUUGUUUUGACAUUGAGAUCUAUGCUAUAUUUUUUGGGAUUUAAGUUUGUUGUUU